AUGUACCCUGCCAACGACAAACAAAACGAGUGGAAUUGUAGCAAGCAAGCAUACAAUCUUCGAUAUUCUAUUCCUAUGGAAAGUCUUUGCAUCCCCAAAAGAAUCGAGGAUAGACGUAAGUAAAGAAGGAAAAGCAAAAAGGUAUUCCGAAUACGCCCCGUGCCUAGCCAGAUAACAAAAGAAAACUAUCUCAAAGGGGAAAAAAAUAAACGUAACAAAAGAAAGAGAAAGAGUCAACACCAGCACUUGGUGAAGACCAUGCACCCAAAUCCAUCUAUGCAAAUUUUGCCGCUCGUCGUGUAUGUGCAAGGUGCCGGCGGAAAAGAACAACUUUUUAUGGGUUUGAGUGAAAGUGUAUGA